AUGGCUUGUUUCUGCUGGUGCAAAAAGAAAAAAUGUCAGAAGGCAAAUUCAGUUGAUGUGGAGCAGAAGACAAGAAAGAAGAAGGAGAGGGGCACUUCAUCCCCCUCUCCAAUUCCAUCUGACUGUUCUGAACGGAAUGGCUCCGCUACCUCUGACCCCUCACCCUCUGACCAACUCUCCUCCCUCCAUCCACCUCCCUCUCCUGUUAAAUGUUCCUCUCAGCCUUGCUCUCCUGCUAAACAACCCUCUGUACCCCGGUCACCUGCCAAAAACCCUUCCCCAGUGAAAUCCUCUCCAGUGGUGUCCCACCCUAGUUCUCCCUCUCCUACCAACCCUCUGGACCGUCAUGGAGACACCAGUCAGGAGGGCACAACAGUCAGACCUCUGUCUCUUCAGGACCACUCUAGUCCAAGGCCCCAGAGACCAGUCUCAGCCACCAGAAGCAUGACUCUUCCCAGGGCCAGCUCAGCCACCAGAAGCAUGACUCUUCCCAGGACCAGCUCAGCCACCAGAGGGUCAGAAGAGACCCAGGGGGCCAGAGGAGAACAGGUGGCACUGGUCAACAUGGAACUUCUUGGGUUGCCUAACAUUGGCAACACUUGCUUCCUUAACGCCACCCUGCAGUGCCUCCUGGUCCUGCCGUCCUUCUCAAAGGAAAUCCUGCACCAGGAACAACUCUGGAGCUCCUCCCCUUCUCCAACCUGCUCAGUUUCUUUUUGUUUUUGGAUCUUCAUAACCAAGAGGAACAACAAUGACACACUGAUUAUGAUGUGUCUGUUUGAUGUGCACCGUUCGGGUCUACCUGACAGUGUGGCAAACCAGGCCUCAAAAGCAGACCUCAUGUGGAAGGUCAAGUACUCCUUGUCGGGAUACGAUUUGAAGUAUCUGGGGGACACACAACAGGAUGCACAUGAGUUACUUGUCAAUAUGCUGUGCCAGCUGAAGGAGGAGGGCAUGAUUCUGAAGACACUCGGGAUGAACUUUACCUGCCCUGUUUCCCAGCUGGAGUUCCAACUUGUGUCGGUGCGCACAUGUACCAGCUGUGGGUGCAAGUCGUCUACCAGAGAGGACUACAACCACCUCUCAUUGGACUUCAGCCCUGAGCGCACCUUGCUGAGCAGCCUAGCACUCACUUUCAAAGUCAGCACUUAGGGCUCAGCCCUGCAUGUAGAGACUAACACCCAGGGCAAGCUGCCCACUGCCUCAGAAUACGCUAUCUUAUUAUUGUAGUGGUAUCAUUCAUUAUGUAAUGCUUUUGUUUCUAACCAGAGUGAAAGGUUGAAUUCACAUGUGAGGGCUGUAAAGGCCUCCACGCCUCAAAGGUGGAGCAGUUCCACUCACUGCCUCUGUGAGUUGUCCCUUUAUAACCUCUCAUAGUACUAGCAGUGUUUAAUGUCCUGAGUCUUUAGGAGUAGUUACCUUCCUGAGCAGGUUGUAGGACUUAGAGGUGAGCACCACCAAACAAAUUUCACUCAUCUGUUACUUUGUUGACUGGUUUCAUUGUCUGUCUGUUCAUCUCUCUUCCUCUCUGUUUCUGGGCAGUGUGCUGGUUCUGCAUCUGAAGAGGUUUGGAGGACC